AUGCUGGCGGAAUGUGAGGCGGGGAUAGAAUUGAGCCAGGUAUUGGUCCACUGUUCGAGGGUCAUCUAACCCCGUCGUUAUCUCUUUACUAUAAUAACACAUCAGCUUUAACUGGCGUCUCGUGUCGAGUCACAUUUUUGCUCCGAUAAUCCGGUCGCGGUAUUUAUUGCCUUUCUGAGCGCUACUGGGGACGCUCUCUAAACGGAAGCGAGCUAGUCGGAGUAGUUUUUGCCAUAGUGCUGGUUUACUCAUAUAACAAUGGGGAUUCGGACAGGGAUCGCCUUAAUAUGUCUCGCUGUAUUUGGAUUGGUUGCAGCUGAGGACGCAGAAAACAACGAAAGCGUGAUCGAUGAAUUGGUUGUGGAGACAUUGCUGAUGCCGGAGACAUGCACGGUUACAUCGAAUAUGGGAGACACGCUUCAAAUCCACUACACGGGUCGACUGAUGGACGGGAAGGUGAUUGACACAUCUCUGUCUCGUGAGCCUCUGCUGGUGGAGUUGGGGAAGAGAUCGGUCAUCACAGGACUUGAGCAAGCUCUGGUUGGCGUAUGUGAAGGACAAAAAAUCAAGGCCACGAUUCCAGCGCAUCUUGCAUAUGGAAAGAGAGGAUACCCUCCAACCAUACCAGGAGACAGUGCCCUUGAGUUUGAUGUGGAGGUGAUCUCGCUCUCUCAGCAAACACCCUGGCAGAAGCUAGUGAAUGAUGUUUUACCUCUGGUGUGUCUGGCACUGGUUCCCACCCUGCUGGGUUUAGUGGGCAUCUACCUCUAUAAAAAAGCUAAUGCGCAAGCUCACGGCAAGAAGAAGAGCAAAGACAAGAAGAGCAAGAAGAAAUAAGAUCAAAGCCAAAUAAAGAAACUAUUUAAAUAAAAAAAGAAAGAAUAAAAAUAGGGUUGUGUGGAGUUUGUUAGCUUUUUAAAGGAGACAUUUUUUUAAGAUGUCAAAUAAAUCUUUAGUGUCCCCGCCCGGAGUAUGUAUAUGAAGUUCUAGCUCAAAAUACCCUACAGAUAAUUUAUUAUAGAAUGUUUAAAUUGCCACUUUGUAGGUGUGAGCAAAAAUUUGGCAUUUUGGGUGUGUCCUUUAAAAUGCAAAUGAGCUGAUCUCUGCACUAAAUGGCAGUGCUGUGGUUGGAUAGUGCAAAUUUU